GCAGCACCGUUAUAUUUGCAUCGGUCAGAAUUGGUUUUUAUGGUAGAGUUACUGAAAUAAUAGUAAUAUAAAUUAAAUUAAAUAUAAACAGCAAAGCAAACCGAUCAAAUGAAGUUUAAUUUCAUCUAAAGGUUCUUCAAAAUUCAUGGCGUCAUCAGAUAGGGGCAGUGUCUUUGCUGUUUCAUGAAACAUAUAGUCUUCAGCUAGAAGAACUGAGUCUGCACUGCAUAGUGACUGUGUUUUUAUCCUCAUAAACCAUCCAGCCAAAAGAUGCAAAAGGACCAAAUCUGCGUCAUAUCGAAAAACGGGAAGGGGAGCAAUGAAGCCGGGACGUCCCAACCAAAAGCAGACGAUCCCCUGAAUAAUCUGGGGGUCAAGGAUGAUGAGGAUGUGAAGAUGAUGCUGCAUGGCUCUUCCAUGAUGAAGGUGCGAGCUCCACGCUGGCAGAGGAAGCGUAUGAUAAAGUUGCUGGAUGAUGGAAUCACGGUCUGGUGUGAAUCCAACAAGAGCUCCAGCAAAGCCAAGUCUCAGCAGUCCUUUACUGUGACAGAUGUUGAGUGUGUGCGGGAGGGCUGUCAAUCUGAGAUGUUGAGAAACCUGGCUGGCUCGCUCCAAGAAGAGCAAUGUCUCACCAUUGUAUUCAAGGGAGGGAGGAAGAGCUUGGAUCUCCAAUGUGCCACUAAAGAGGAAGCGCAGUGCUGGGCCCGUGGUAUUCACACCUUGCAGGGCAGAGUCAAAAACAUGACCCAGAAAGAGACACUUGACCAAUAUCCUUCAGCAGCACAAAUAAUCAAAAAGUGUGACAAGUCUGCAGAUGGACGUCUAGAACAUGAGGAGAUUGAGCUGAGAUUAAUGCUCUAUUUUUUUCCUAUUCUGGAAAGUCAUUCAAAGGCUUCACCAUAUCCUCUUAUUCUGUCUCUGGAGAACCACUGGUCUGUGGAGCAGCAGACGAUCCUGGCCCAGCAGCUGCGUUCCAUUCUGGGGGACAAACUGCUUACCAAACCUCUUAAUGAUAAGCCAUUGGAGUGCCUACCAUCACCAGAGAGUCCAGAGCUGUCUGAUCUGGUGUUGUACACCUGCGGCGUUUCCUUCCAAGGAUUUAAUCAAUCUGCCAAGAAUCCUCCCAAUGAGAUGAACUCUUUCUCUGAGAGUGGCGCAUCGAAACUUAUCAAAGAGUCAGGUAUUGUUUGCGAGUGCAUGUUUGGCCGUGUGGGUCUAACCACAAUUUUGAACUCCUCUUGUCUUCCUCUUAGCUUGCCAGCUCCCCUUGUUCCCCUGUCUUUUGCUCCCACUAGUCUCGUCAUUCUUAUAUCCUGUUUCCCCGGCUCUCGACCCUACGCUUACCUCGACCAUUCUCCCUCUGGAUUUUCCCCACUGUACCUUCGUCUGCUCUUUAAAAAUAAAAGCAGUUUUGAUUUACAUUGUGACUGUCUCGUCUUGUGGGUGUGUGAGCGGGUUACAUUGGUCAGCGUGUGCAAUCUUCUAACUACAACCCUCAAGACAUGUGGAACGCUGGCUGUCAGCUGGGUGAUAUCUGCCCAGCAGCUGCCUAAACCUGACAAAGAGAAGCUCAGAUCUAUUGUAGACCCCCUUGUAUGGGUGGAGACUUACGGGGCUCCCAUAGACACCAAUAAAAAAAAGACACACCAUAUCGACAAUAAUGGCUUUAACCCCAGAUGGGAUUGCACCUUUAAGUUCAUUCUACAUGUGCCCGAGCUGGUGUUAGUGCGCUUUAAGGUCGAGGACCAUGACUUUACCACAAGAAAUGACUUUCUGGGCCAGUUUACUCUCCCUUUGACAAGCAUGCGUACAGGUUACAGACAUGUACGUCUGCUGAAGGCCGAUGGGUCGAGCAUGACUCCCUCCAGUCUCUUCAUCCAUGUUAAUCUUUCCCCUGGCGACUGCAGCCCGGCCAGACAAACAACCACACAUACAGCUUGAGAAUAAAGCAUGCAGUUUAAGCACCUGUCUAGUGGCCUGUCUGGGAAGGUGGUACAGCUUUUACCAACUUCUUUAGACCCAAAAUAUUUGUCACUUGAGUGUGGGAAUUCUUAUACCAUUACACUGCCCACAUAUGCUGCGACACAUAUUAUUACAUGAUUUGAAUGGUGCCUGUGGAGCCUAGGGGGGCGGGGCCGGUCGGAAUAUUGCGUGCCCGGUCCCGAAUCGGCCUGAUGAGGCGCGCGAGGGAUAAAGGCGGCCAGUGACGAUGGUUCGAGAGAGAGAGAAUUACGGGCAUGUCCGUCAUGUGUGCGUUUGUGUAUGCUUUUGGUUUAAGUUCUCAUUAAAUAUCAUUUAUAUUGACAAGCCAAUAGUAUCCAGCUGCAGACCCGCAGCACCACCAGUUUCAGAACCCCAGUUUCAGAACACCAGCGCCAGAACCUGAAGCGAGGGGCGGAGCUUACGUUCAAAACCGAGUAGCGCCACCUAACGUUUUGGAGAGUACUUUGCUUUUAUUACAAAUGAAACAUCAUACUUUAUACGUAUGUUAUAAUGAUUCUUUAAGGUACAGUACAAUAAGCACUUUAAACAUUGAUCUUGUGUAAUAUAAUUGUAUAUAGUUAUCCGUUUCAUUGUAUUAUGAGAGUUACUUCCUGAUCAUGAUGGUGAAAAAAAAUGCUUGAAACUUAUGGGCAUUUUAUAUAAAAUAUACUUUAUUUCACAAGAACAUGUGCAGCAUGCAUUUUUCUUUAUGUAAAAUAAAACAUGUCAAAAACUAAAAAAGAGAGAAAAUUCAGCAUAAUUUUAAAAGAAACAAUAAAAAUAUAUACAACAAAUGACCAAUUCACCCCUAGGCCCAUUUUAUCAUGACAAUCCUGUAUAAAUUAAACUUAAACUGUAUCAAAUGAGGAAUUCACUCUCAGGCCCAUUUUGUCCUUACAUUCUUGCUAAAAUAACUCCAUG